AUGUCGUACCUCCAAAACCAGCUUAAAAACUUCAACGCCAGUGUCGUGGAGUCGGCAAACCGCAUGCCUCAGCAGCGACGAGUGGUGCAUAACCAACCGAUCUCUGGCAGCAGUUCCCAAGUUCCAUCAUCCGCACCGACCCCAUCCUCCUCCGGCGAGAUCAAAAAGAAGCGCCAUGAUCCCGAUAUUGUCUACUCCCAGCCGGCCAACACCGGUACGGGCAAAGAUAUCAUGACGCAGGUGCUGUUUGCGAUCGAGCACAUGAAGAACAAGAACGUGCCGCUCAGGUUCUCGGAUAUCAUCUCAUAUCUCUCGCUGCAACACCGUGCCCAUGACCAGGGCUACGUGCAGGCUCUUCGUAGUAUCCUGCAGAUGCACGAGAAGGUUGAGUUUGAUCCAAGUGGCGCGAACGGCCAGGGUACAUUCAGAUUUCGCCCACCUCACAACAUUCGCAACUCGGAGCAACUCCUGAAACACCUCCAAACGCAGAAAACUGCGGCAGGGAUGAGUGUGCGCGAACUCCGCGAGGGCUGGCCCAACGUCGAAGAGGAAAUCAACCAGAUGGAGAAGGAAGGAAAGCUGCUUGUGACUCGAAACAAGAAGGACGAUCACCCGAAGAUGGUGUGGCCCAACGAUCCAUCUCUAAUCGAACACUUUGACGAUGAGUUCAAGCAGAUCUGGGACAAGAUCAAGGUCCCCGAUGCGAAUAUUGUGAAGGAAGAACUGGAAAAAUUCGGUAUCACGCCCACCAACAAGAACAAGGUGGUUGGUCCCCGAGUUGUGCAGGUGUCCAAGAAGGCCAAGAAGCCUCGCCGAAGUGGCAAGACUACCAACACUCAUAUGACGGCUAUUCUCAGGGACUACUCGCAUCUCAAACGGUAA